CUCUUGGACAAAUUUAAUGAAAUCUGUCCCUCACCGAAAAAGGAAGGCCAGAAGUGAAGAUGGCAAUGAUUAAACUAGUUCAAUGUUCAACAUACGUAUAUACACGCCAUUGCCACAGAGCCCUCCCCUUCUCUACUACACGAAACCAAGUCUCUUGUGCUUCUUCUUGUUCAACCCAGAAAUCAAGAAGAGCCUUCUCUCUUUCUGCGUUUACUCUUUCAUUCUCUGCUCUAAUCUUUUCAAAUGGACCCAGUUCAAAUGCUCAAGUUCCACAGUUCACAGAGCUGCCCAAUUCGGGUGGUGUCAAGGCCUUGGACCUUCGUAUUGGUGAUGGGGAUACCCCCCUUGAUGGUGAUGUGGUUGCAAUUCAUUAUUACGGGAGACUUGCUGCAAAGCAAGGGUGGCGCUUUGACUCAACGUAUGAUCACAAAGAUGAAACUGGGGAACCAAUUCCCUUCUCUUUCAUCCUUGGUUCUGGCAAAGUUAUAUCAGGGAUUGAAAGUGCUGUGAGAUCGAUGAAAGUAGGCGGCCUUCGUCGUGUUAUUAUACCACCAUCUCAAGGAUAUCAGAAUACAUCCCAAGAACCCCUGCCACCUAAUUAUUUUGAUCGGCAAAGGCUUUUUACUACCAUUUUUAAUCCAACUCGUCUUGCAAAUGGAGAAGGCGCGACAUUGGGGACAGUCAUAUUUGAUAUCGAACUGGUCAGCCUGAGGCAUCUUUGAUCUGCUGGCAUUUUUCUCCUCUUAACUGGAGUACGGAGCAAUUGUUGUCAGUUUGAUGACUAUGAAAGGUAAAUCUAUUAUUUAUAGGAGAUGUUUCAACAUUAUUGAUGGUGAUUACCUGGUUACUUAUUGCACAAUUAUCUGGCAAUGUUUUGGAAAGUGUUUCAUCAAAAAGUCUAUCCUGGAUCUCCACUUAGGCUUCACAUAUUUUUAACAGCACCAAGCUACAUGCUUUUCUGAUGCAUAAGUGAGCCUUUUGAUAGACCAUUUUAAUGUUGAUUUACUCCUUGUAUAUAUAUAGUUGCUGAAUGCUUUAUAGAGGAUUUAGUGCUAAGAUGCGAUAAAUACCUCUUAACUCUUGGUUAUGUAUAACGGAAAUCCAUUAGCCUGCUAACUCGAGCUCACUUUGUUUCUCUGCUUGUUAAAGUUUGUUGUUUCUCGUUUUGCUUAUUCACUUAGUAGCCUGUUAUGCUAGCUAUAAGUUAAAGGUA